AUGUCGGCAUCCCAGGUCGCGCGGCCCUUAGUCCGCGGCCUUCGCCAAACCCUGGUGCUAAAACCAGCAACCAUCCGAUCCUUCUCCCUCUCGUCCGCCCACCUCAACACCUCCACGACGACAGAGCAGGCCACCAAGCCCGCCGCCGACGACCAACAGUUCAACCUCGACCCGAACACCGUCCUCGGCCGCCGCGCCGAGCGAGAACUCGCCAAAUCCGGCAAACCCCCCGUCGGCUCGCGCCGCCGCCGCGCCGCGCUUCGCUCCAGCCCCAACGUGCCCUUCGAGCAGCUCCCCUACCAAUGCUUCCAGGAGGCGAGGGCCAUCAUCCGCGCCGAUAGGGAGGAGAAGGUCGAGGCGAUACGCUCGGAGCUGGCCAAGAUUGAGAGGCUGGAGGCGUUGGAUCCGAGCAAGUUGAAGGGGGGCGAGAGGAUGAAGGAGUUGAGAUUGACGAGCUUGAGGGAGCAUGUUGAGAAGUUGAAGAUUUUGGCGGACAUUAAUGAUCCUAUUGUGAAGCGCAAGUUUGAAGACGGCCUUGGCGACAUGAACAAACCCAUCUACCGCUACCUCGCCGACCAAAAAUGGCGCUCCUACGACCGCAAAGUCGUCCUCCAACGCCUCUCGCAAUUCCACAUCGUCCCCGACCUCCUCCCCAAAUUCGACCCCGUCGCCGACGUCCAGCUCUUCUUCCGCCGUGUCAAGGUCCCCGUCGGCACCCUCGUCAACAGCCUCGUCAGCGAGCUCCCGCCUCGUCUGCGCGUGCAAGUCUUCGACAAGGGCGAGCGCCUCGUCUCCGUCGUCGUUGUCGACGCUGACGUCCCCGACCUCGACGCCGACAGCUUCACUAAGCGGUGCCACUUCAUGGCCGUCAAUGUGCCUCUCUCGCCGGACUCUGGCUCCAUCGCCUUUAGCAGGAUCAAGGCCCCGGAGCAGCUCGCUGUACCCUGGCUCCCUGCUUUCUCUCACAAGGGCUCGCCGUACCACCGUCUUGCCGUUUUCGUCCUCGAGCAGAAGCCCGGAGAGACCCUCGAUGCUGAGAAGUUGAGAAGCCUCUAUAACAAGGGCGCCGAGGGCCGCGGAUUUAGUCUGAAGAGCUUCCGUGACAAGUUUGGCCUUUCGCCCGUGGGUUUCAACUUGUUCCGUACCGUUUGGGAUGAGAACACCGCGGCGGUCAUGGGUCGCGCCGGUAUCGAGGGCGCUGAUCUCGAGUUCAGGCGCGUCAGGGUCCACUCGAUGAAGCCGGAGAGGAAGCCCAAGGGUUGGGAGGCGAAGAGGCAAGGUCCCAAGUACAGACACCUUUGGAAGUACACCAAGAGAAUCAGGGGAUUGUCCAGCGGCAAGAAGUGGACGAAGAGGGGCAACUAA